AUGACUAAUUUGAACAUAUAUCAGACCCAUCUCUACCCAUUCACCGCUGAUGCCGCCGCUUCGUAUGCUGAAUAUCGUUCUGAGUUGGAGAUUGAACGGAAGGUUGGUUCGUUUUUAUGUGUUUUUGUUCUAUUUUCGUUCAAAUAUUUCACUUUGUUUUCUUGUAUAUUGUAGUAAUUUCUAUUGUAUUGGAAAUGUCUAUUGUAUUGGAAGCGUGUGGAGGCUUUGAGAAACCUUCAGGGUCAACCUGUUGCGCUGAAAGCUUUAUUGUCAGAGGAGAAGGCUGUACUUAAAGCUGGUUAUGAGAAGGUGUUUGAAUCACUGCACACGAAGAGUGAACGUGAUGGGCUUAAAGCUUUAUUUUCGAAGGAGAAGGCUGUACUUGAAGCUAAAUAUGAGAAGCUGCAUGGAUCGUUGAACUCGAAGAGAUAUGAAAUAGUAAAUGGUGUUGUUGAAGUGAAAGGUGAUAAUAUGGGGACAGGAGAUGAGAAAGGUGUUCCCAACUUCUGGCUGACUGCAUUGAAGUCCUAUGCGAAAUACGAAGAGGAGAUCUACAUCUCAAAGCGGGAUCAAGAAGCUUUAAAAUUCCUCAAGGAUAUUAAGUGGUGCAGGGUCGAUCAUCCAAAGGGUUUUAAGUUUGAUUUCUUUUUUGAUACAAACCCCUUUUUCAAGAAUUCUGUAUUGACAAAGACCUGUCACAAAAGGGUAAAUAUGGCUAUGGCAGAAGACGUAACAUGGACGGAUAUUGAAUGGUUUCCAAGAAAAUGCUUGACAAAGAAGAUUGUAAAAUGCAAUCCAAAUAAGAGGUUAAUAAGUGCUAAACCAAUGAUCAGAACUGUCAAUUGUCAAAGUUUUUUCAGUUUUUUCAAACAGCCACCGGUCACAGAACUCCUGUAUCAUAUGCAAGCAGAGAUGAGGAAUUGUGAAAUUGGGUCUAAGAGUAAAUGUGAUGUUAUAUUUUCUGCUUCCAUUCACAGCUCAAUAAUUCGGAACAAAAUAAUCUCUCAAGCAGUGUUGUGGUUUACUGGUGAGGCUAAACAUGAUGAAGACGGCAAUGAUUAUGAUGACGAAGAUGACGACGAUGACGACGAUGAUUAUGCUUAUGAGGACGACAACAACGAUGACGACAAUGGUUAUGAUUAUAAUUAUGAUGAUGUCGACAACAACGACGAUGAAUAUGCCGAGUAUUAUGAUGGGGAAGACGAGGAAGAAGAAGAGAAGCCCGAAAAGAAGGUGACAUUUGUUUUCCCUGCUUCUAUUCAACUAAUUUCCUUGCCGCACAGUUUUCUCUACCCUAAAAAAUUGAAAAGGGUCCUCUUCAUUUUCUUUCAGCUCUAUUCUCCGGUGAUUCCUAUCUCCAUUUUACCCUUUCCUCUCCUCCAUUUUACUCUUCUACAGUUUUUUCCUUAUUACUGA